AUGCUGACGGAGGGUUGGGUGAAACAGUACAUCAACACCGUCGUCAGCUUUUAUCACCACAACCUCUCUUGGGAGAUAUUUGUUUCUUUACGUUUUUUUGAUUUCAUUGACUUCUCCUGGAUUUCUACGGACUUUAUACUAGGAGAACAGACGGAGCCAUCUGCGGAGUCCACUGCAGUCCAGUGCAUGUCUGAAAGCAGCUUGUGUCAGGCUGCUCAGCCAGCAAACAUCUCCUGUCCCUCCAGCAGAGGCAGGGACAUUGAUCUGAGAGCACAUCAUCGUAUCCAUCGGCUGCACAACGGCACUACUCGCCGUGCUGCCGCCAUAGAAACCCCGUCGCUGCCACUUCAAAACAUCCCCAACCCGAGCCAGGCCCCGCGAACAUCCUCGGACUCACCUGUGUCUCCGUUCGCGUCAGUGUGUACCGUCUCCGGGUUCACGGAAAAUCUAUCGCCUGGGUGUAAACAGUUCCUGUACAUGGGCACGCUGCCUCGAGGGCUUGGGCAGCAGUCGUUCAAAAAUAUUUGCCAGUUCUAUGAGGGAAAACCACGAUUUGUGACUCAAUACACCUUCAGCCACAUCCCUGUUUAUUCUGCGUACACCUUCAAGCACUCGGAUGGCUUCAAGAAGGCUGACGUGCUUUGGAUGUAUGAGCAACAGCUUUCCACAGUGUCUGGCUGAAGAGAGAUGCAGCAGCUGCCUUAAGAAAAUGCUCCAAAAUCUUUAGAAGCUUCACAGGCUGUCCUCGAUGACUACGCUGAGUCUGUGAUCUUCGAGCGUGGACAACUCAAUCCAGAUGAGCACCAGGCCCAUCCUGAUGACAAAGCAGCCACCUACACUCUGAUAAACGUGGUUCCUCAGGUAGAAGAGUUCCACAUGGGCCCCUGGAAAAAGCAUGAGCACAUCAUCCGCAGGCGGCUCAACAACUACUGCAGAAGCACCGCCUAUAUGGUCACCGGGGUCACCACCUCAGGUCACACAAUACGCCGCCAGAACAUCAAACGCCUGGGCAUCCCCAGCUAUUUCUGGUAA